AUGGAAAUGGAGGGUAGUCAUCAAUUUUGUUUGAUGGAGUGCCUUGAGAAACGAAUCAAAGCUGAUUUCUCAUCACCAUCAUCAUCUUCGUUGCCGGAGGAGGAAGAAGAUGACGACAAGCGGCGGCAACUCACCUUUGUUUAUGGAAUCUCCGGCGAAUCUCCGCUCCCUUUUGCUUCUUCUGCCGUGGUUCAGCUUCCUAGGUGUGGCGCUGGAGAGGCCUCAGCUCCGCAAUUCAUAUUGACAUAUAUUCCGAGGGCCCAAGAUCGUUGCAUUUCCAGUUACAUAGAUGAGUGUUGCGUAAAUGGACUUGAAGGUAGCAGAAGCGAAGAUGCAGUUUCUGUGGCUGUAAUCGGCAAAGAUCAAGCAGAGGUCAGUGCUGGAAUACCCAGUGAUAAAAAUACUACCUGUUUUAGUAAAUCAACCCAAUGUCAGUAUGUAUCAAAUGGUGGAACGAGUCCGCACCUCCCACAUGGAUUAGGGUCUGAAAGUUUGACUUGUGAAUUUUCUGGUUGGUAUUCUUGCUUUAGGACAAUCACUGCCUUGGCUCCAAAUGCUCGCAUUGGCAUUUCUUCCUAUGAUUUGUUUGAAGAAAUUGCUUCAGACUUCUGGUCUGGAGUUCUGGAAGAUCACAGCCUCGGCUCGCUUUCUCUCUUAAUAGAGGGGAAAGCUGCUGGGAGAGAAGCCAUAAAUUUCCUUAACUUACUUGGUGUAUCGUCGUUCAGUGACGUUAGCUUUCCUGGCUGCGUAAGGCAUCCAAAUAUAGCUCCUAUUUUGGGAAUGUUUAAGGCAAUUAGUGAAGUCAACUUAGUUGUUCCUAAAACACCAUAUACCUUGGAAAACAUUCUUCAUUACAGCCCAGGUGCUUUGAAAUAUGAUUGGCACAAUAGGUUUAUGAUUUACCAGUUACUCUCCGCAUUGUCUUAUAUGCAUGGUCUAGGAAUUGCACAUGGUAAUGUGCGGCCUUCAAGUAUGAUGUUGACUGACUCGUCCUGGUGCUGGCUGCGUAUUGAUGACAGCCCCAAGCUAAACUCAAAAGUUGUAAACUCAAAUUCUUCCACUAGUACAGUUUGCUCCUCGAAGAAUUGCACCUCCCAGGGGCUAUUUGCAGAUUUAAAGCUUUCCCAGUCCAUGGAUUGGCAGUCUAGUUUCUAUUCUUGGUAUAACGGAGAGUUGAGUAAUUUUGAGUAUCUUUUGAUCUUAAAUAAAUUAGCUGGAAGAAGGUGGGGUGAUCACACUUUCCACACAGUCAUGCCAUGGGUCGUGGAUUUUAGUGUCAAACCUGAUGAAAGUAAUGAAGUUGGAUGGAGAGACUUAAGCAAGAGCAAGUGGCGGUUGGCUAAGGGUGAUGAGCAGUUGGACUUUACGUAUUUAACAUCUGAAAUCCCACAUCAUAUAUCGGAUGAAUGCCUCUCUGAACUUGCAGUCUGCAGCUAUAAAGCAAGACGACUACCAUUGAAUAUUUUAAAAAUGGCUGUUCGUUCGGUUUAUGAACCAAAUGAAUAUCCCUCCACAAUGCAAAGGCUCUAUCAAUGGACUCCAGAUGAGUGUAUUCCAGAAUUCUAUUGUGAUCCACGGAUAUUUUUCUCUUUACAUUCUGGCAUGUCGGAUUUGUCUGUGCCUCCAUGGGCCAGAUCUCCUGAAGAAUUCAUUAAAUUACAUAGGAAUGCUUUGGAAAGCAAUCUUGUUUCAUCCCGAAUUCAUCAUUGGAUUGACAUUACCUUUGGUUAUAAAAUGUCAGGUCAGGCAGCUAUUGAUGCCAAAAAUGUUAUGUUACCCCCAGCAGCAUCGGAAGUUUUAAGGUCAGCAGGACGGCGUCAGCUUUUCUAUAAGCCACACCCUGCCCGAAGGUUUGUUACCAAGAGUAGUAAUUUGUCACCCGUGCAGCAUUACCAAGCGAAUGACUCUGCCGAAGGGCAAACCAUGGAUGUGAUUUCCCUGCAUCAUUUGGAGGAAGCAGCAUCAUUUUGUGAGCAUGCGCAACAUUUAAGUCCUGUUUAUGACUUCCAUGUAUAUGAUCAUUUGAAUGAUAAUUCCCAUGGGAAAGAACUUGAAACUUAUAAUGCGUCAAACAGAGGGAGCAACCAUGGUGUUUCUGGCGGAGUAAAAUCAGUUAUUGAUGUGAAAUUUCUUAUUGAGAAUAUUGAGGUGGAUGAUGACGAUGUCGGUUAUCAAGAGCUCUUGGUCUGGGGGAAAAAGAAUUCUUGCUCAAAUGUUAAUUCUGUGGAUGUUGCUGAUGACAUCUUUGCAGUUGGCUGCAUCUUAGCAGAACUCUACUUGAACAGGCCUCUUUUUAAUUCUAACACAAUAGGUACAUACUUGGAGAGUGGCAUUUUACCGAGUUCUAUGGAAGACCUUCCUCUUCAUGUACAAGUAGUAGUUAGGUCCUGCAUUCGUAAAGAAUGGAAAAGGAGACCUUCUGUGAAGUGCCUUUUGGAAUCUCCGUUCUUUCCGGGAACAGUUAGGUCAGCGUACUUGUUUCUUGCCCCACUCCAACUUCUAGCAAAGGAAGAGUCACGCCUCCGUUAUGCUGCAACUUUUUCAAAACAAGGAGCAUUAAAAGUAAUGGGAUCCUUUGCUGCUGAAAUUUGUGCUUCCUACUGCUUGCCUCUUGUAAAGACUACCUUGUCAGAUAUUCAAGCUGAGUGGGCUUACAUUCUGCUGAAUGAGUUCUUAAAGUGCUUAAAGCCAGAAGCAAUAAGGGAUCUUGUUUUGCCAGCUAUUCAGAAGAUUUUACAGGCUCCUACAUAUUCCCAUUUGAAGGUCUCUCUUCUUCAAGGCUCAUUCGUGCUAGACUUAUGGAACCGGAUUGGUAAACAAGCAUAUCUGGAGGCAAUUCACCCAUUGGUUUUAUCAAAUCUGUUUGUUUCAACGAACAAGAGUUCAGCUGCUGCCGCCUCUGUUCUACUUAUUGGCUCCUGUGAAGAGCUUGGCGUUCCAGUUACUGUAUAUCAGACAAUUUUACCUCUUAUUCAUUAUUUGGGCAAAGGGCUGUGUGACGAUGGAAUCGAUGCUGUUGUUAGAAUUGGUUGCCUAUUGGGAGAGGAUUUUAUUGUCAAACACAUACUACCCUUGCUAAAGAAUCUCAUGCGUUUUUGCAUCAAUCAGUCAUCAGUGAAUAAGCCUGAACUCAUUCAGGGUUAUAGCACUUCCCUGAUAAAUUCUUUUAAUGUAUUAGAUGGUCUUGUUGCACAAUUGUCAAGAGAGACAAUUGUGAAGGAGUUGAUUGAGAAUGGAGGUUGUUUGUAUGUGGAGGUUAUCAUGCAUUAUAAGUUCAGUGUAUCCGUGCUUCAGGCUGCUGCUACCAAACUUAUUGUGGCGUGUGAGCAGAUUGGACCAGAGUUCACAGAACUGCACGUCCUGCCAAAACUUAAAGUGUUAUUUGAUGAGCUGGCUUUCUCUCAGGAAAAUUCCACUGUCUUAGGCAGGUUGGGUGGAGCUUCUAUAGGAUCAACGAGAAAAAUGAAUGAAGAGGAUUGUUAUGCAAAUCAGUUGGACCUUGUGUUGUUUCUUUAUCCAUCAUUUGCAUCUCUUCUUGGCAUACAGAAACUCCGCCAGUGUUGUGCAACAUGGUUGCUUCUUGAGCAGCUUCUCCUGCGCCAUUACAAUUGGAAGUGGGAAUAUACAGGGGAGUCGUACCAAAGUGGUUUAGAAACUGCAAAUACCAAGAAAUUAUCUUUCAGUAAGAGAGCAACCUCUGACUACGUACCUGCUAAAAUGCUGCUGAAUGGAGUUGGUUGGUCAAUCCCUCAAAAGCAAGGAAAGAAAAGUGCGAGAAAUUUGACAUCCAAUAAACCUUUGUCUGACCGUCACCAAACAUCGGAUGCAAGACAUGAAGCCAGCUCAAAUAUUGGGAAGCAUGAACCUUGGUUUUGGUUUCCUGGUUCCUCAUCUAUCUUGGAAGGCCUUGAUUUUUCCGGCCGUGUAAAUGGUCCAAAAGAUGAAUUUCCAUGGAAGAUUAGAGCCUCCACAUUACAUUCUGUUCGAGCACACCAUGGAGCUUUGAGAUCUAUUGCUGUUUGCGAAGACGAGUGUUCAGUUUUUACUGCAGGGGUUGGUCCAGGUUUCAAAGGAACUGUUCAGAAGUGGGAAUUGUCAAGAGUUGAUUGUGUAUCUGGCUAUUAUGGUCAUGAGGAGGUUGUAAAUGACAUUUGUGUGUUGACGUCCUUGGGUCGGGUAGCAUCAUGUGAUGGGACAGUGCAUGUCUGGAAUGCUCAAACAGGGAAACUAAUUACCGUAUUUUCUGAAUUCUCCUCAAAUUCAACGCAUUCUGUAAGCCCGUUAAGUGCUGCUUUAAAAGUUGACAGAGAAGAAGGCGAUGCACUACACUACAAUCCAUCGUCUGUUGGCGUUUUGAAUAAUGCAUUUGAUGGGAGCUUCUACACUUGUAUGCAUUACUCACAAUUUAGUGAGAUGCUUAUUGUAGGUGCUGGGAAUGGCUCUCUUAGAUUUAUUGAUCUCAACCAUGGUCGGAAACUACAUCUAUGGAGAAGCAAUGAAUCCAAUUUUCCAUCCUUGGUCUCAUCUAUAUCCUCAUGUGGUUCUAAUAAAUUACAUGGUGAGAGAGCCAAUGAAUUUCCGUCCUGGAUCGCAGCGGGCCUAAGUUCUGGUCAUUGUACAUUGUUUGAUGCUAGAAGUGGAGACAUUAUUGCUUCUUGGCAAGCUCACGAUGGAUAUGUAACAGAGCUGGCUGCACCAAGUGACCGUUUGCUCGUUUCAAGUUCUCUCGACAAAACCCUGCGAAUAUGGGAUUUGAGAAGGAGCUACAAAAAAUGCAUAUCAGAACCAAUCAUAUUCAAAGGUCACACAGAUGGGGUAUCUGGUUUCUCAAUCUGGGGACAGGAUGUGAUUUCAAUAGCUAGAAACAGGAUUGGGCUGACUUCUCUGGUGAGAUUUGGAGACGAGGAUGGGGAGUGCAGGAUAAUGCCGCAAUACCUCUACACGGCAGAGAGAGACUCGAGGAACAUGUCUGCUUUGUCAAGUAUAAGUAUUUUACCUUUCUCGCGGCUCUUUCUUGUUGGAACAGAAGAUGGUUAUUUGAAAAUUUGUUGUUAA